AUGUGUCCAUCACCAAAUCACGUGUCCACUACCAAAUCACGGGUCCAUCACCAAAUCAUGUGUCCAUCACCAAAUCACAGGUCCAUCAACAAAUCACUUGUCCAUUACCAAAUCACGUCUUCAUCACCAAAUCACGGGUCCAUCAAAAAAUCAAGUGUCCAUCACCAAAUCACGUGUCCAUCAACAAAUCACAGGUCCAUCACCAAAUCAUGUGUCCAUCACCAAAUCACAGGUCCAUCACCAAAUCACUUGUCCAUUACCAAAUCACGUCUUCAUCACCAAAUCACGGGUCCAUCAAAAAAUCAAGUGUCCAUCACCAAAUCACGUGUCCAUCAACAAAUCACAGGUCCAUCACCAAAUCAGGUUUCUUUCUUUUUGCCUUUCUUUCUUUUUUCCUUCUUGAAUUCCUUUCUUUCUUUCUUUCUUUCUUUUUUUCUUUCUUUCUUUCUUUCUUUCUUUCUUUCUUUCUUUCUUUCUUUCUUUCUUUCUUUCUUUCUUUCUUCAUUGUUUUUUUUGCUUUUCUUUCAUUCAUUCAUUUUUCUUUCAUUCGUUGCUUUUCUUAACAUCGUGAUAUUUACAUUUCUUUCUUUCUUCUAUUUCUAUCAAUAUUUUGCUAUCUUUCUUUCUUUUUCUUUCUUUCUUUCUUUCUUUCUUUCAUUUGUACAUCAUCUACCGAUGUUUACAUUUGUUCCUUUCUUUCUUUCUUUCUUUCUUUCUUUUUCUAUCAUAAUUUUGCCUUCUUUCUUUCUGUCUUUCUUUCUUUCUUUCUUUCUUUCUUUCUUUAUGCACUUUCUUCUUUUUAACUAUAAUUAUUUUUCUUUUUCUUUCUUUCUUUCUUUCUUUCUUUCUUUCUUUCUUUCUUUCUUUCUUUCUUUCUAUCUUACGCCACUUUUUUCCAACAGGAUUUCUUUCGUUGUUUCCAUCAUUAUUUUUCAUUUCUUUGUUUCUUUCAUCAUUAAUUUGCUUUUCUUUCUUUUUAACAUGAUGUUGGCUUCUUUCUUUCUUUUUUUACUAUUUCGAUAUGUAUAUUUGUCUAUUUCUUUUUUCUUUUUCUAUCAUAAUUUUGAAUUCUCUCUUUCUGUCUUUCUUACCUUCUUUUUAUUUUCUUUCUUUCUUUCAUUCUUUUCUUAUGCAUUUUCUUUUAUUUUAAAUGUAAUUAGUUUUCUUUUGUUUCAUUCAUUCGAUUUUCUCGCUUUCAUUUUUAACAUACCGAUAUUUACAUGUUUCAUUCUUUUUUCUUUUUCUAUCUGUAUUUUACUUUUUUUUUUUUUCUUUCUUUCUUUCUUUCUUUCUUUUCUUUCUUUUCUAUCAUUAUUUUGCAUUCUUUCUUUCUUUGUGUCAAUUUACCCCAGUAUAUUCUUUCUUUCUUUCUUUCUUUCUUUCUUUUUUUUUCUUUCUUUCUUUCUUUCUUUCUUUCUUUUUUUCUAUCAUUAUUUACAUUCUUUCUUUAUUUCCUUUUUUAGAAUUUUUUUAAUCUUUUUCUUUCUUUUUUACUAUCCCCCAUAUUUUUAUUUGUCCCAUUCUUUUUUUCUUUUCUUUCAUUACUUUUCUUUCUUUCUUUUUCUUUUCUUUUUUUUCUUCUUUCUUUCUUUCUUUUUUCUUUCUUUCUUUUUUUCUUUCCUUCUUUCUUUCUUUCUUUCCAUCAUGAUUUUGUCUGCUCCCUUUUCUUUCCAUGUCAUUCAAUUCCUGUUCUUUCUUUUUGUUGUCUCGAUUUGCGUACUAUUCCCAGCUCAUUCAUUCAGUCAUGUCGUAUUUAUUUUUUCCGUUUAUUGUGUCUGUUUGCUUGUUUCUUCCUUCCUUUCAUUUAUCCAUUGGCCAUUCUUUUUAUGCUUCUAUCUAUCUAUCUCUAUCUCUUUAUCUAUCUAUCUUUCUAAUUAUCUAUCCUAUCUAUCUAUCUAUCUAUCUAUCUAUCUAUCUAUCUAUCUAUUUCAAUAUGCUUUUCUUAUUUUAAAUUCAAAUACUUUAUCUAUCUUUCUUACUUUCUUUCUUUCUUUUAUUUCAAAAUUCAAAUAA